AUGGCAGGCUGGUGGUCGCCGCCACUGCCGCCGCGCUCGGCCUCACCACCGCCCCGCGCCCCGCCGCCGCCGCCCCGCGCCUGCCGCUGUCCACACCUCCUGUCCAACAGCUACCACUGCCUACCUCGCUAUGAUGGUUAUCACGAGGGCGAGGAGGAGUCUAGCGGUGGGGCACUGCGUGAGAGAGAGUUGCGGUCUCUGCAUCGCACAGUGCCCGCGCUGCGCCGCCGCGAGCUCGACACCAGGCCCAUAAAACACCACUUCUAUCCUGAAGGGGGUUGGGGUUGGAUAGUUUGUGGUGCUGCGUUCUUAGCCCAUCUGCUAUCGACAGGAUUACAGCUGGCUUAUGGAGCUCUACAUGUUUAUGCUUUAAGACAUCUGGGUCCGACAGCUGAUCAUGCUGUUUGGGCCGGUGCUAUUUGUGUGGGCGUAUCGCGGGCUGCUGGUGCUCUGGUGGCAGGUCGCAAACGAUCGCCCAGACUGGCUGCAUUACUCGGCGGUCUACUGUUACCGCUAGCCUGUCUCUUCACAUCAUUUGCUACACAACUGCAUCAAACUUUACUGAGCUAUGGCAUAGUUCUGGGCGUGGGUUGCGGACUGGUGCGCGAGGCGGCUGGCCUGGUGUUGGGCGCGUACUUUCGCCGGCGUCGACAGUUUGUGGAGUUAGUGGCACACGCCGGCGGUGGCGUCGGUAUCGCGCUCUUCAGCGUCGCGUAUAAAGAGGCAGUAGGUAAACUGGGAUGGCGCUUAGGUCUGCAAGCGGUGACAGUUAUACUAGUCCUGGCGUUUUUUCUAAGCGCUGUGUACCGUAGCGCGUCACUAUAUCAUCCGCAACGGAGGGCGAUACAGCAUUUAAAAAAUCAACGACGAAAGGUUAAAGAAAAGAAGGGAUUAAAAAGUUCGCACUUUAUUGAUUUAAGCUCGCUCCGCUCACGACCCGCAAAAGUUUUGUCGUUAUCUACAGGCUUGGCAGCGUUCGGCCUUUAUACUCCGGUCUUUUUUUUGGCAUUACAAGGCUUUCAAGAAGGCUUAGAGGAGAGUGCACUUGUAUUAUUGCAAACAUUUCUAGGCUUUGCCGCUGUGCUUGGUUGCGCUGGAUUUGGACUGGUACUCGUCCGUCCGUCAGCUCAGUGUCUAGUAUCAAAGCAAUAUCUCUGCCAAACUGCUAUGCUAGGUAUAGGCAUCUCAAUGCUUGCCUUGAGCAGCGUAGAAGGUUAUCAUGGCUACGUACUUUUCGCGUGGAUGUAUGGUUUAUGCCUCGGGGGAUUUCUCUAUUCAAUAAAAAUGCUGACAAUGGAACGCGUCCGAGGUCGACACUUCACUAAAGUUUGGAGUUUUGUACAAGGGGCCGAAGCUUUGCCGGUUAUCGUGGGAGUCCCGAUGACGGGGUAUAUUAAUCAGCAAGCACCGCGCGCGGGGUUUUACUUCUCUACCGCUGCAACUCUAGCUGGUGCACUGAUGCUUUUCUUCGUUGGAUUUUCAAAGCGUGAACCGGAAGCUCCGCCGCCAGCGCCCGCGCCGACUAUUGCCGACCCUUGCGCUUGUAUGACGCCGCCGAGAUGUGAACCCGCGUGGUGCGCAUGUAGUGCCGGCGGGGCGACCGCCUACUGUGCAUGGCCAACCACCACCUGUACAACCCGACUGCCUAAAUCUCUGUCCUACGCGGCACCACUAAAUCGCACAUGCUGUUCUGCUGCGAGUUACCCUGAAUGCUGUCGUUCCGCACUUUUACGACCAUCGCGCAGCGUACCAGAAGGUCUUGGCAAAUGUCCAAGCACAUGGAACCGCGCAAACUCCUGCAGGACCUCUUGUAAUCGUCGCGAUGUUCAUCUAAUCGAGCAAAUCACUACCUCCGUAUGACAUUGACUUGUGAAAAUAUGACAAUUAACUAAAAAUUUUAUCGAGUGUUUAAUUCUUUUUAUUUAUGUGAAGUAAAUU